GAACUACUUCCUGUAAUGGUUUGGAUACAUGGUGGGAAAUUUCAUCAAGGUUCUUCAAGCUGUGAGCUUUUUGGGCCUGAAUUUUUAGUAGCAAAAGAUGUUGUUCUUGUUACAUUAAAUUAUCGAUUAGGUUAUUUUGGCUUUCUGAAGCUAAAUGACCCAGAAGCAGGUGCUCCUGGUAAUGCAGGUCUAAAGGAUCAAGUUCAAGCUUUACGUUGGGUAAAACAUAAUAUUGAAUUUUUUUGUGGUGAUAAGAAUAAUAUUACAAUUUUUGGUUCGAGUGCUGGAGGUGCUUCUGUCCAUUUAAUGACUUUAUCACCUCUUACAAAAGGCCUAUUUCAUAAAGCUAUCAUACAAAGUGGUGUUGGUUUAUGUCCUUGGGCAUUUCAAAUACGUAAAGAUUAUGAAUUGGCUCGUGCUUUUGGCUGUAAAUCCAAUGAUGAUAAACAAAUCUUAAAAUUUUUACAACAAAUCAAGCCGCAACGAUUUAUCCAGCAAGAACAUGCUAUAUUUCCAGUUUCGCAACGAAUGGUAGCAGAAAUAUGCACAGCCACACCGACUGUAGAACAACCGCCAUUACUUGGAUCGUUUAUUUCAAAAAAACCUGAAUGUCAAAUGGCUACCGGAAAUUUUCAUCAUGUUCCAAUUAUGAUUGGUGUGAAUAGAAACGAGGGAUUAUCGUUUUUAAAUGCGAAAUUUUUUCAAAAAAUUUCACCACAAUUUAUCGAUAAUACUCUUUUAAUCCCGAGGGAUUUGAGAAAUAUGUUGCGGACAGAUCAACAAGUAAAGGAAUUUAGUGAU